GCAGACCUCAGACCAGCCCACCUCACCUCACUGUCCUCUCUCUGAGGCAGUUGUCCGUAGAUCUAAAUCUGACCGCGGAUCAGCGCGCUCGGGCUCCCUCCUCAGACUCAGACCAGGGGAAAUCGCGUUCGUCGGUCGGAAGCCAAGUCCGCACGCCAAGACACAUCCAUAGCAGACCACGGCGAGGGGACGGUGUGAUAAGAACUGAAAUCAAGAGGAAGGCUGGUAGGAACAACAGAGGGCUUUAAGGCGAAAACACGUUCAGCGGCGAGAGCACAGAGGACUGGCUGGCCCCGCAUAAGGAGAAGUAUCACGCGUAGCUAAUUUCCAACAUUUCUAUUAUUGGCAGCGGGAGUGUGCUCCCCGAGCCACAUUUAUAAAGAGAGCUAGCGGAAUGUAAUGCUAGCAAGCUAAUGUUAGCUGGCUAAUUAGCUUGUCAGGCAUCCAAGAGUCGGACGUGUGAUCUUUAUUGAAAUAGGUCACCGUUUGGCGUCGUUUUACUUUUUGGGGAAAAAACCCUAUACUUUAUGUGCUUUGUCCAGAAUCCCGGCAUGGUCAUAAUGUUCUGCCUCGAAUAGCUAACGCCAAGUUAGACAAUACACAGCACAAGCUGCCUAUAUUUAUGAAAACCAGUUGAAAAUUGCUCGUCUACGCUUUGUGGGAAAAGCCAAAUCCAUUGUGAACACCGAGCUGUGGACGAAUCAGAAGGAGCAAUUAAAGGUAAAAACAGACUUUUGACUGGUGACUGUCUGCCGUCCAAUGUUAAUGUCGACCGACGUUGCAUCUAUAAUGCUACCCGUUAGUCGGGGAAUAAUGGACCGGGAAAGAGACAUUGAUACAGCAGCCGGACCCCUUGCUAACGCGGUCGGGGGUCCAGCAGCUGUCCGGGGCAUGAAGCGAGGAGACCCGGAGCCCGACGCUCAGACAGCGGCUGCCCUGCCUGACUUAACCGGGGCGGAGUGCAAAAGACCAAGGAUAGACGGGACCGGGACUGUUGUUGGUGACAUUGGACAGAACAAUGAGCCUUUAAAUCCCGGUUUCCAUGGAUACCCACCUCACAGUCAGGGCUCUCAGGAUUCGACAGGAGGACAGGAGGGACUGGUGGCCCCACCCUUUGCAGCGUUCCCCCCUCCACCCCCUCCUCAAAACGGGCUACCAGGGACAGAGUUUGGCCCUGGGGCCAUGUUUGGUGCUGGGGGCCAAGGUACAGCAGAAGUAGGGCCUGGUGCCAAUGGAGCCACCACCACUGCCACCAACAAUAACAACGGAAAGACAGAGGAGGUGUCCCAGGGGGAGGCGGGUGUGCAGUGCGGUACAGGAGGCACAGGAGCAGGAGGAUCUGUGGGAGAUCCCACAGAGGCCAAAGGGACCCCCAAACGCCUCCACGUCUCAAACAUCCCCUUUCGCUUCCGGGACCCUGACCUCAGGCAGAUGUUUGGGCAAUUUGGGAAGAUUCUGGAUGUAGAGAUAAUUUUCAAUGAGAGGGGUUCAAAGGGUUUUGGCUUUGUGACAUUUGAGACCAGUGCAGACGCAGAAAAAGCCAGGGAAAAGCUCCACGGCACACUGGUGGAAGGUCGUAAGAUUGAGGUGAAUAACGCCACCGCCAGGGUGAUGACUAACAAGAAAAUGGUCAGCCCCUACCCUAACGGAGAGGCUCUCAGCACACUGCCUUAUGCAGGGUGGAAAUUGAGUCCUAUGGUGGGGGCCGUGUACGGACCAGAGCUCUACGCAGUCCCAGGGUUUCCCUACCCUUCAGCAGCAGCAGCCGCCACUACAGCAGCGGCAGCGUUUCGCGGUGCCCACCUCAGGGGCCGAGGCCGGCCCGUCUACAGUGCUGUGCGGGCUGCUGUGCCUCAGCCUGCCAUCCCUGCCUACCCUGGACUAGUGUUUCAGGACUCAGUCCUUAGUCCCAGAUUGCCUCAGGGAGGCUACCCUGCUGCUGCUGCCGCCGCUGCCGCUGCCUAUCGCUAUGCCCAGCCCGCGGCCGUAACCGGUGCAACCGCUGCAGCUGCCGCCUACAGUGACAGUUAUGGCCGGGUGUACACUACAGAUCCCUACCAUGCUUUAACUCCAGCUGCUGCUGCUUACGGAGUGGGAGCCAUGGACAGCCUCCAAAUGCUGCUCGGACACACCACGGCCAGUUUAUACCGGGCAGGAUACAGUAGGUUUGCUCCUUACUAAAACCACAAAUCACACCCAAGGAAUUUCACAUCGCUCCAGAUCCCUUUUUCAAGCUCUUUUGUUUGGCAGCAGCUCCCCUCCAUUUUUCUGCAGGUGGACUAUAGUGACAACUCAGUGUUUUGUUUUUCUUCUUUUUUCUUUUGUGGCGAGAGAGGUCAUUGCCACAUCACCAACUCAAACUGUGUUUCUGUACUCUUCUGUCACAUGGAAACAUUGACAAAACUGCCACGAGUGUCUCCCACAUAAAAAGCUGGAGCCAGCUGCUUUGAACUACGGGGCACAAUUUAGGAUGGUUUUUAGAAACACUACAAGACCAGGAAGAAGAGAGACUGCUGUUCUUGUGUGAUCCUGCACACUAUAAACCUCUUUUUUCCUACAAGUCUCUGAACGUACCAUAUAUCCACUGCCCUAUAAGACCUAAUCAGACUUACAUACACACACUUUUUUUUUUUUCCCUCUACAUGUUCCUUUAGUGUUGGCCUGCACAGAAUGAUGCUACAAGGAAAAAAAAAAAGGUACUCAUGUUUUUAAACACUACAUUGACGUAACCCCCCACCCACUUCAGUAGAGUUGUCCCUCUGGUUUAGCAUUGUGGUAUAAUAAUGAGAAAUUUUUCUGCUCAGUACAGAAUAUGUAGGAAUUAUUCUUGUUAUUUUGUAAAGCCGGAAUACUGAACAUAAAGCCGGAGGGAACUCGGGAGCAUCUGACUGACAGAAAUUACACAGCAUGGAAAUUUUUUUGUUGUUGACAUUUUUCUAGAACUUCCCCCAACUGUAAAAGGAAACGCAAAAAAACAAAACAAAUGUUUAAAAAAAAAAGAAUUUAAAAAACGGUGUGAAAAUGACAAGGGAAAAACAAAAAGUGACUUUGUUUUUUUCUGCAUUACCUCAGUUUUUCUGUUUUGUUUUGCUACCAUUGAUAAGGAGUUGCGUAGAAAUGUUAUAUAUAACGUGGACGCGUUAAAACUGUCCAUUAUUUUCAGUGACAGAGCCAUCCUUUUUUUCUGCACAUUUAUUACUGUAACUGCAACACUAAGGCGGGAUGUUGGAUCUGUUUCUACUCCCUUCAGCUAUGAACUGACCCUGUAAGUUUGUCCAUUUAGAGAAUACAGCGCACCUCCCCUCUAAGGGAUCACCCUCGAUCUGCUCAUAGUGCUUCUUCCAAAAAAGGACUCGGUGCAUUUCUUUCUAUCUAAUAAACCGUCACAUUCCAGCUGUAGCAGCAGAGUAGUGAAUGAGCGGGUCAGUUGGACAAAGAACCCAUCGAACACAAAUGAACCAGAUAUAGCAAAGCAGAUCUGAAGCGGGAACACCCACAUGGGAAACUAAUCAUCUGCCAGUCAGCCAAACGGGAAUCCCUCCUGGCCAAUUGAGAUAUUUAUGCCUGCAGGCUUCAGGCAGAGCCGCUCUGUGCUGGAGCUCUGUACAUGGAAAUGGUGUCUGAUCUCAACUCCGCAGAACAGUAGAUCCCAGCAGAACAGCCCAGAUUAGAAAACAGUGAAACACAGAGAUAGCAGUCGUGUAAUGGAGUCUUGAGGUAAUGGGAAUCUAUCAUUUUUCUAUUUAUAUUCAUCAUUUUUAAUAUGACAGGACACCACAUGCACUGUCAUUUGAUAUCCUUCAUCAUGCUCUCUGGGAUUGUUAGGUCCACCUAGUUUUAAAGUUCUCUUUACCAGUCAAUUAUAAAACGACUGGCAGUCAGACAAUUUAUAGACCAGGUCUCUCUGUCCUGUAUGUAUCACAUCUCAAUAUAUUCUCACUAUGUUAUUGCUAUUAUUUGCCUUUUCGGUUCCAAAGAUUUUCUGAAGAAAGCACAUUUUUGGUCCUGAUGUAUUUCUUAUUUUUGCUGUUGAUAGUUUUGCCUUUACUUUGUAAUAUAUAUAUAUUUUUAUUGGUGGGUUGAAGCUGUAUUUUUCAGUACAGUGUUGAAAUGGUGUACUGGGAAAUGUCAUCAAAGCAGCCAAAAAGGCCAAGAACACACAUUGAAAAGGUUGCAGCAAUUUUUGGGAAUUCUGACCCUGCAAACAAAAACACCCUGUUGAAUCUAAAUCAGUCCACACGCUAUUUUACAGGCUUUUAUUUAAAUGAACACAGAAACAGACUGUAGAUGCAGAGGUGUUUGCUGCAGACAAGGGAAAUCGGAGCAGAUGGAGUCACGAGGGAUAUGCAGAAAGGCAGAGAGGGUGUUUUGGAUUGCAUUUGCCAGUAGAGCUAAAUUUCAGGCAAACUAAAUGGAGGGAAUCGUCCACACAAUGUCGAAAGGGCCGCGUGGCCCAGCAGCGGCCACCUUUUGAACAGCGAAACGGUGUGUGGGUGGUUAGUCGAGGGAAAUUGUGGCGGUGAAGGUGAGAAGCUGAGCCAUUAAUCGUUAGCUGACAGGAUAACAACGUCCCCUGCUGUCUUUAAAAAAAAAAAAAAAAAUGUUCAGGGGAUACAGUGCGCUCAGGGUGGAGCGGACAGUGCGAGGAGGGGCUAGUGUUGUUUUGUAUGAUUGUGAAAACUGUGUGCAGUAGGUCCAAUGAGUAUUUUUGACGCGCAUUACCUCUUUGUUUUUUUUCUUUUGUCUUUUUAUUCCUUACAAGUAUUAUCAGAAGUGUUGCUAUGCAUGCUUUUGUGAGAGAGGAAGGGUGUCAGUCAAGAGAAUCUUUUCAUUUGUGCAUGAACUCAAAUCAUAGUGCUGGAGGAGGAAGAUGGAAAGGGGAGGAAGAUGGGGAGGGUUUACACAGCGGGAGGAGGAAAGAACUCUGAUGCUACUUGAUGCGAGGUGACAGGAGUGACGAAGAGUCUCAGCAAAGGUCCAGCAGAGAGUGUCUGGGUGUAGAGGGGAGGGGAGAAGCAAGUGGCCCGCGAGUCGCUUCGGUCUGCUUCAAUAAUCUGAGUUAUCUCUGCUCUGUGCCUCUGUGGUCGUUGUAGUAAUCACCAG